UAGUAUCAAAAUAAAACAAAAAAAAUACAUUAAAAAUAAACUCAUUAUGCAGAAAGGAUGCUGGAAAGUUAACGAAGAUGAUGAAGCAAUUUAUAUCGAUAUCGAUUUAGCUGAUGAAGAAUCAAUCGAUGUUGAAGAGAAAGAUGAUGAUUAUUAUUCGCACUGGUCAGAAUUACCUGAUUUAUUAUUGGAACGAAUAUUUUCACAAUUAAAUAUACGUGAAAGAUAUUACGCAAGUUUAGUAUGUCGUUCAUGGUUUCGUGCAUUUCAUUUGCCUGGUGUGUGGUCGAAUUUUUCACUUACGGAUCAAACAUUAACGCGUGGCCGAUUCAAUUAUUAUUCAGGAUGGCAGUAUGUUUUAGACCAUUUACGUACAUCAGUAUGCCUUACAAAAAUUGGUCGGCAUAUACGUAACUUAAAAUUCGAUCCAAUGUUAAAUUUUUACAAUCUAUACGAAUUUAUGAACAUGGUCUCAUGGUUUACGGAACAAGCACAAGCUCUUGAAGAACCCCGUGGACAAUUUGAAGGUGUUGGUAUCAAUAUAAAAAGUUUAAAAUUUAUAUUUCCAUGUAAUAUGUUAGCUGGUAACGAAACGGAACGUAUACGAUUAUUUGGAACGGGUGGUAAAUUAUUGGAAGCAUUAAAACGUUUAAUGUGUAAUUUAAUAAAUAUGCGUCGCUUAGAAUUAGUUAAUUUAUUAUUAGAUCGAAUUGAAGCACAACAUUUAUUGGAUGAAGUAUGUGCGAAAUCAUGUUCACAAUUACGUACAUUGGUUUUGAUUAAUACAACGAAAAUUUUUUGUCCGUUACUACAUGUUGGAGUUUUUUUAAAUUUACAGACAUUAAUAAUCAGUCCGCAAAAUAUUGAUGAUGAUGUCAUAGAAUUAUUAGGAUAUACUAGAUUACGUAAUUUACAUCUUGUACAAAAUCGUUAUACACCUAGUGAUUCGUCAACAAUGCGACCAGUAUCGGCUCGUGUAUGGCGACAAUGUCGUAUGAAUAAUCGUCGAUUAGCCGUACAUUUAGAAGUGGAAGCUUUACGGGAAAAAGAAUUGCUAUGGCAAGAAGGAGCACCUGUACACUCAAUUAUAUUUGAAUCACCCUUAAUUCGACUACAGCCAGAGGUGAUUAUAAUGGCUGCUCAACACUAUAAAGAUACCUUACGUAAAUUUGGACAUAAAACAUUACCGCACUAUUACCAACCCAAGAAGUUUCAUGAACGUAACGACAGCCUUCUUUUACUAAUGUGUCGUCAAUGUUUCCUUUUAAACACGCUAAUAGUACGCGAGAGGGUUUCUACAGCAACUGUACUAUUAUUAGCAUUUAAUGCAAAAAAUUUAAUACAUUUUUAUAUUAGACGUAAUGCUGUUAUUUUACGAGCGGAUUGGCCACAAUCACCAGAAUGGACAUCGGAAUUUUAUAAAUGGUUAUGUACAUCAAGUCGUUCAUUUGAUGCUGUGGAACGUGAAGUAUCGCAAAUUUUAGGUUAUCGUUGGAAAAUGUUAACGGAUAAGGAAUUUAAAAAUAUUACGGAUAUCAAUGUCCAUUCGAAUGGUACAAUGUUGUAAGAAGACGAUAUGGGAAUGAUUUUUUCCUAAGAUGUAUAUACAAAUUGUGUUCUUUUUUCAAAAAUAAUCGAAUGAAAAAUCACUAUCAUGUCCCCUCAUCUAGGUCAUUUAUCGACCCAUUUACUCAAUUAAUUAUUGAUUCAAUCAUUUUAAAAUAGGCUUUAUAACAUAGAGCGUAUACAGCUGCAGUCGUAGACUUUAAUUACUGGACUGUGUAAAUACAGUAAAACAAAUUUGCCUGAAGAAAAACUGAGCUUUCAAUCAAGAAGAAAGUCGUCGAGAGAAGGAGGCAGGGUUGGGGAAAAUUCCAGAGUCCAAUAAUGAAAGUAAUUUUAAGGUUUUAACGGUACGGGUAAAAUGGCUGUACGGCUGAAAAAUAAUAAUUUUGUUUUUUCCCUUUUUCAACAACAUUAGUUUUGUAUGCACUUGUGUUUCUAUUCAUUAUUUUCUCCGUUCAGUUGUUCUGCAGUGAGAUAAUAAUACUAAAAAUAAUAAAACAUAAGAGGCGUGCCGCAAAUGAAUCCUCCUCCUUGAGAACAACCUGUCAAUUGAAGGCCACAUAGAAUAUCCACAGCUUCUCCGUCGAGUUUCAAGAUUUCGGACCGAAACAUUCUAAAUCUAACGCCCUGCAGAUGCAAAUAACAUGUACGGAGGUUUCACUGUCCUCCAUACAGGCCCUACAAGUGGCGUCAUCAGAGAUCCCCAUGCUAUGAAGGUGGUAGUUCAAUUUAAGUGUCAACAGUCCCACCACCCUUCUCAACUGUGCUCUAUUAAGUUUCAGGUGAGCACAGUCGAGUUGCCUAGCUGUGGAAAGUCUAUAAUUCAUCGCUCUGGUGUGAAUUUAACAUAAGAUAUAUUUAUCUGAUUGAUAUAAUAAUCACAGCAUGUGCCUUGACGAUGUUAAGAUGUCCUUUUUUUAAAGAAAAAGAUGCAAUGAUUUGGAGUCAUAGACUCCUCC